GCGAUCUAGUACGUUCAGUCACGGAGAGAUACGCUGCAUUGGCUCAUGCCAAGUUCACACCACACGACUUUCUGCUCGCCGACAGAUCCUGGAGUUGCAGCAAAUCGGAGGAAAAUCAGAGUGAAAUCAGGGCUUGCACAUUGGCACUUGAACAGUCGAGACAUGGCGGCGCUGAGGCGGGACGUCCUGCUGUUCCUGACGGUCGCCCUGCUGGUCUCCUGUGAUGCCGCAUUCAUCGACGUUCUGUAUCGUGUUGCCGAGGAGCAGCCCCCCAACACGCUGAUCGGCAGCCUGGCGGCGGACCAGGGCCUGCCCGACACGGGCCACCUCUACAAGCUGGAGGUGGGCUCGCCCUACCUGCGCGUGGACAACAAGACGGGCGACAUCUACACCACGGAGAUCCCCAUCGGCCGCGAGAAGAUGCGCAAAUGCCGCAACAGGCUCUACGGCAACAAGUGCUUCCUGGAGUUCAAGGUGUCGAUCACCGACAUGGUGAAGGGCCUCGGCUCGGGGCCGCGGCUGAUCAAGGGCCGCAUCGAGGUACUGGACAACACGCCGCAGCUGGUCGUCAUGGGCAACCUGGACCGCGAGCGGAAGGACUCGUACAACCUGAAUAUCAGCGUGGUGGACGGCGGCCGGCCGGCGAGGGCGAGCAGCGCCCUGCUGCGGGUCACCGCCACCGAUGAGAACGACAACGCGCCCAGGUUCGAGAGAAGCCACUACGAGGCCGACCUCCCAGAGAACAGUCCGCUGGGACACUCGGUGCUGCAGGUCAGAGCCAAUGACACAGACACCGGCAUCGAAGGCAAGAUCAGAUACAGCCUCCAUAAGCCCUUGAAGAGUGUAAAGAGGCUGCUGCGCAUUGACCGCCUCACAGGCAUCAUAUACGUCAAAGGCCUGGUGGACCGCGAGGAGGAGAACGUCCUCGAAUUCUUUGUGGUCGCCAAACAUCGUGGGUCCAACUCUAAGAACUCCACGGUUCAGGUGACCAUCAGUGUCAAGGACCAGAAUGACAACCCGCCGGCGAUCGAGAUCCAUGAUUUUGGCUUGGUGACACACCACGACGGUGUGGCCAACAUCUCUGAGGACAUGCCCAUUGGCACCAAGGUGGUGCUGGUCCUGGUGUCGGACUGUGACGAGGGGGAAAAUGCGGUGGUUACGUGCGUAGUUACCGGAGAUGUUCCUUUUCAGCUCCAACAUGAUAUUGAGUCGGCCAACAAUCGGAUGAGGAAGUACUUCCUGCAGACAACUACCCUGCUGGAUUAUGAGCGUGUUAAGGAUUACAGAAUUGAAAUUGUAGCAGUGGAUGCUGGCGACCCUCCUCGAUCCUCUUAUGUAGGUGUGACCAUCAAUGUCCUGGAUGAGAAUGAUAACGCCCCCUAUGUCACCAAACCGGCCAACUCCUCCUACACCUACUUGACACCUGUCACCCCACCAGACACCCGGGUGGAGGUGGUAGAGGCUGAGGAUAUUGACUCUGGACCCAAUGCGGAGCUGGUCUUCACCAUCACAGGUGGCAACCCGUUUGACCUAUUUCACAUCUCGCCAAGCAGCGGGGAGAUCACACUGGCAAAGGAAUUCACCGGUAAGCACAAUGGCCUGCAUCGCCUUGUGGUGAGGGUAAGCGACAAAGGCAAACCUCCCCGCCACACCACUGCCCUGGUCCAUGUUUUUGUCAACGACACCAAGUCCAAUGUCUCUGUCAUCGAGGCGCUGGUUGGACACAGUCUCUACACCCCUCUGGACAGGGACAUUGCCGAAGAUCCCAACUACGCUUUCGCUCAUUACAGCAACAUCCUGUAUGGCAGCCUGGCGGGCAUCGCUGGUGUGAUUCUGGUCAUCGUUGCCGCGGUGGUCAUCGGACAUCGGCUGACCAAGGAUGCCAAGAGCGGCUACCAGGAGGACAGCCUGCAGAAAGGCUUCUACCUCAUAAACGAAAGUGUCACCGACAUUCCCAGAAUCCACCUGCCCCUCAACUACCCACCGGGAAGCCCUGAUCUGGGCCCCCACUACCGCUCCAACUCCCCCCUACUCUCCAUCCAGCUGCAGCCAGUGUCGUCCGAGAAGCACCAGGCUGUUCAGGAUCUUCCUGUCACCAACACCUUGGUGGGAAGGGGCGACAACAACUCCACAGGCUCCGACCAAUAUUCGGAUUACAGCUACAAGGCCAACCCGCCAAAAUAAAGCAACAAACA